AGCAUGCCUGGUCGAAGGAGCCGUAGGGGGUCGUCCGGUACCGGUCACCGUCGCCAGAGGCGGACCCGCACCCGCACCCGCACCGCCAGAGCUGAGCUGCUUUUCUCGGUCAGCCACCUGGAGCGCCUCCUGCGCGAAGGCCACUACGCCCAGCAUCUGACCCCAUCUGCACCCGUGUUCCUUGCGGCCAUCGUGCAGUAUCUGACCGCCACGGUCCUGCAGCUGGCCGGGAACGAGGCCCAGAGAAGCGGCUGCAGGCGCAUCACCCCACAGCUCGUGGACAUGGCCAUCCACAACAACGCGCUGCUCAGUGUCUUCUUUGGGAGCACCACUGUUUCCCAAGUGGCCCCGGGCUGGCAGUAG